GAAAGCAGAGCUGUCUGGGUACUCAGUAGCAGGGCUUAGUGAUGAAGGAAGCUCUUCAGCGGAUGGAGACUGAGAAGGAGCAACAGAUGGAGGAGGCGGAGCAGGUUCCACCAAAGGAAGGGCUAGCCCUUCGCCGGGUGGGGCCAAAAAAGGGGCCGAAGGUGGACAAGGGUCUAAUUCAACCGAUGGGGGAGAAGGAACAGGGGCUACAAAAGGAAGAGCUUGUUCUUCACGGGAUGGAGGAGAACCAGGGGUUGCAGAUAAAAGCAGAUCAGAAAGGGAUACAGGAGGAGGCCCUCCACCCGACUGACGGGGAGCAGGGGCUACAUAUGGAGGAGACUCUUACCCCGAUGCAAGCGGAACAAGGUCUAAAGAUCGAGGAGGCGCUGGCCCUCCAUCGGAUGGAGGCAGAACAGGGGCUACAGAUGGAGGAGGCUUUUAUAAUUCACCUGAUGGAGGCGGAGUUGGCGGUGAUGAGAGCAAGAACUAGCCACAUGAGAGAGAAACAGGAAGAAAUGGAAGCUGCUGUUGAAGCGAAGAGAAAUGGGCUGGAAUUGAGGAAGAUAAACCGCGAUCGACGCCUUGCCCAAUUGCUGCUUUUGGAAGAAGCAGAGCAGGUCCUCCUGGGCCUUCUGUUCCCGCCACUAAACUGAAACGAGGAGUCAUUUGCUGUCAUGUUUGGUUCAACUAGUCCUUUGUUACAUUUUCUUUCUGUCUACUCUCUUUUUAGCUUAUUUCCUGCAACUUUAUUGCGUUUGUGUUUGCAAAAAUAGUAUAAUAGGCCUUUUGUUGAACCACAUAAAUAAACAGCCAUAACCUGC